CUCUCUGUGGUAAACGCUAUUCUCACAUCAUCUUUUGGAUUGCACAAGGCACAUGAAGCCAACCAGAGAAGAUUUAACAAACUCGAACUGACUCAAAAAGCAAUGGCUGACAACUUCACCGCUCUGCUGUUUCUUCUGUGCAGUCUGACUGUGGCCCUAGCAGAAAGCAACGUGUCUUGCUACAGAAUUGAGCCAGGGACAAUAGCAGGCAUCAUCGCUGCAGAUUUGUUGCUGACUCUUAUUAUUGUGGUCGUCACCUACCGAUGUGCCAGUUUCCGUCGUCAGAAAAUAGAUAACGCUGACAAGGUUUAUAUGAAUGUUCGGGCCAACAACCCUUCUGACUCUCCAGCAUCUUAUGUAUGGACACCACUUAGCAGCCUUUUGGCAAAGAUCAAAACAACAGCUGGUGUUCGGAUUCUCAUUUCCCCCUCAACUGAGAAGAUGCCCGACGCUCUCUGUAUUGUGGGCUCCAUGUUCGGGUCAGAGGAAGGACAGCAAGACUGUGGCACCUGCUACCUGAUAAACAUGGGCUCUGUGAUUGGCAUCAUUGCCUCUGACAUUAUCUUAACCGUGUUCCUCAUCAUCUCCGUGUUCUGCUUCGCAAGUCAUCACAGGAGAAGAAGGGAACGGGAGUCUCACGAUGGUAGAAGAAAUCUGCCCUUAUCUGCCUCGAAGAAGAUGACCCCAGAAGACACAGAAUCUCCAUACCAGGAAUUACAUGGAGUGCAGUCAGAUAUCUACAAUGAACUUCGACACUUUAGGAAAUGACAUGUUGUGGAAAAUGUUCAAAUUCUUCACUUCAUAUAUGUGACUUACUGUAAAAUAUAUAAAAGAACUAUGCCAAAAAAUCCUCUGUAUAAAUCUUGCUUUGCAACUCAUAAUUUAGCAUAAAUCUAAUGAAAAAUGGUGUAGAGUAUCUGAAUGUUGUUUCUGUAGUUAAUUUAUGUUGUGCUCAUUGAGAAUGUAGAGUGGAGCAUGGAAUUCAGUAGAUGUUGUGUUUGUAAAUUCUUUUGUAUAUAAUAAAAUACAGUAAAGCCCAUCUUUGCAAUCAUUGUUUAACUUC